GCCAUGUCCAAAAACCACCACACAGAAAUGGCAACCGCUUGCUCAUUGCCCUUGGCUCUAUGCAUCACUCUCUCCAUCCUCUUCCUUGGCUCACAAGCCAAAGUCCCUCUUUCCGAUCAGUUCCGAGUCGUUAACCAGGGCGGCUUUCUCGAUUACAGCCCCAUCGAGUACGAUCCCACGGUCCGCGGGUUCGUCCCCUUCAACGACAACUUCCGCCUAUCUUUCUAUAACACUACCCCUAAUGCUUACACUCUCGCUCUCCGAAUCGGCAACCGAGCCCAAGAGUCCACCCUCCGGUGGGUCUGGGAGGCAAAUCGUGGAAACCCGGUUCGCGAAAACGCCACCUUGACCUUCGGAGAGGACGGGAAUCUCGUCCUGGCCGAUGCUGAUGGUCGUGUGGUCUGGCAGACCAACACGGCCAACAAAGGAGUUGUUGGUAUCAAAGUGUUGGAGAAUGGUAACAUGGUGCUGUAUGAUUCCAAAGGGGUUUUCGUUUGGCAAAGCUUCGAUUCCCCGACCGAUACCCUUCUCGUCGGACAGUCACUUAAGGUCAAUGGUCGGAACAGGCUCGUGAGCAGGUUGUCUGAGUCGGUGAACGUCGAUGACACGACGAACAAAACCCAGAAACCGAUCGCCUACUACGAGUACGAUUUCUUCACCAAGAUCAAAACCCGGUUCGAGUCCAUGACGUUCGACGUCGUGGAAGAUUCCGACACGACGUACGGUAUGUCGUUCGUGGGCGAGGUCCAAGGCUCACAGUUCAACGUCUCGGCCUUCCUCGCUCGGCCAAAACACAACGCGACUUUGAGCUUUAUCCGUCUCGAAUCAGACGGUAACGUCAGAGUCUACACUUACAGCACGGCCGCGACGGCGACGGCAUGGGACGUAACGUACAGGGCCUUCACGAGAGAGGACGAAGAUGGAAACGACGAUUGUCGACUCGCCACGUGGUGCGGUGAGUUCGGGCUGUGUAAGAGGAGCCAGUGCAAUGCAUGUCCGACCGACAAGGGACUUCUCGGUUGGGACGAGACUUGCCGGCCGCCGAAACUCGCGAGCUGCGACCCGAAGACCUUCCACUACUUCAAGCUCGAAGGCGUUGACCAUUUCAUGACCAAAUACAACGGAGGCUCGGCCACGACCGAGAGUGCGUGCGGAGAAAAGUGCACGAGGGAUUGCAAGUGUUUGGGUUUCUUUUACAACCGGAAGAGUUCCAAGUGUUGGUUAGGUUACGAGCUCAAGACACUGACUAAGACAGGAGAUGCUUCUCAGGUUGCUUACAUUAAGGCUCCUAAUGCUAAGAAGUAAGGCUGAAGAUGGUGAACAAAAAGGGAAGCCUUGUCUUUGCUAUUAAUCUCUUUAAUUAUACUUGUUUCUAUAUUGUUUGGGUUUUUGUAAUAUUUGAUAAUGUAUGAAUUCAAAAUUAUCAUCCGAAUAAAUUCAAAGUCGACUAUAAUAAUUCACAUGUUUGGAUUUGUGCCCA